AUGCCCAUACCCCCGCUACCGCCGUUCUCAGCUCUGCCCCUCAAGAAGGACGGGCCCCCGUACAAUGCCUGGGGCCUAUACGGUGAGGACGAUGAGCUUGGCCGGCUCAACUUGAUCACGCCCGAGGUGGUCCAAAAAGGUAUCGACUCGGUGAAGCACGGCGUAGUAGUCAACCUCAAUCUGCCGCUAAUCAACGAAUUGGGCUUACCUGGCCGAGGCGCGACUCACGAGAUUAAAGUUGGUCCCCGGUCACUGGAUGAUAUCCUCCACUUCAAUACCCAGGCUUCGAGCCAGUGGGAUGGGCUUCGACACUUUCCGUACCAGAACUGGCCAGAACAAGGGGACAAGCGGUACUACGGCGGAAUGACAUUCGAUGAAGCGCAAGAUGACUCGCACAACAAGCUCGGAACGCAAAACUAUGUCCGCCGACCCAUAACCUCCCGCGCCCACCUCCUCGAUAUCCCCCUCUAUCUCUCCCGCUCCUCUCUCCCUCCUCUUUCAUACACCGAGAACCCCACGCCCGUCACUUUGUCGAUGCUGAAAGGCUGCGUCGAGCUCCAGGGAAACAAGAUCGAGCCAGGAGACGUCCUGAUGAUCCGAACGGGGUGGACCGAGGUCUUUGAAGCGCUGAGCACGGAGGAGAAGGCUAAGUGGAAGCCUGAGCCCGAUGUGGGUGUGGAGCGCGGAGAAGAGAUGUUGAGGUGGCACUGGGAAUUGGGAGUUGCGGCUGUGGCGGGCGACGUACGGGCAUACGAGCAAUACCCCUGGCCCAAGACCGAGCUCGCCAACCACGAAGUCUUCCUCUCUGGCUGGGGCAUGCCCAUUGGCGAGCUAUUCGACUUCCGCGAGCUCAGCAAGAAGUGCCAUGAGCUCGAGCAGUGGACAUUCUUGGUCACGAGUAUGGUUCUGAACGUGCACGCGGGGAUAGCGAGUCCGCCGAAUGCCCAGGCGAUCUUGUAA